CCCCAGAAUGCCACUGCCAUUGGUCAGGGACUAAUAGCACUGGCUCUGCAUUCUGAGUAACUCCAUCCCAUUUGAGACAGAGGAAGCUAAAGAAAAGAAAACAGAAUGCAGACCUUUGUGAAUGUUUUUCUGGGUUUUUUUAUCUUUGAGUCUGUUGGAGCUGCCCCUAUCACUGAUACCAUAAUUUAUGAUUCUGAGUUCUAUGACAUACCACUUGGAGAGCUGCCUCAUCCAUUUGCCUAUGAUGAAAACAAGCAGUCUGACCGAGGAGAGACAGAUAUUGGGACAGAACUAUCUUCUGUAAUUCAAGAGAGUUAUUCUUCUGCACCACUGACAGAAGAAACCGAAGAUGAAGCAUCAACACCAAAAUUAAUUGAUGGGUAUUCAGCACAAGGGUCAGGGGUUCUUGGACCCCAGACUCAAGAUGGUCUUCCCACUUGCCUCUUGUGUACAUGCCUAGGCACCACAGUCUACUGUGAUGAUCGUGACCUUGAUGCUGUUCCACCAUUGCCUAAGAAAACCACGUAUUUCUAUUCACGCUAUAACAGAAUCAAGAAGAUCAGCAGAAAUGACUUUGCUAACUUAAACCAUUUAAAGAGGAUCGAUUUGACUGCAAACUUCAUAUCAGAUAUCCACAAGGAUGCCUUCCGAAGAUUGCCCCAACUUCAGGAGUUGGUGCUUCGUGACAACAGGAUAAGGCAACUCCCUGAGUUACCAUCUACCUUAACGUUCAUUGAUGUUAGUAAGAACAGGCUUGGUCGCAGAGGGAUACCAAAUGAGGCAUUUAAAAAUCUGGAUGAACUUCAGCAUCUUUAUAUCACUGACAAUAAUUUGGAUCACAUUCCAUUGCCACUCCCUGAAAGCCUCCAAGCGCUUCAUCUUCAGAACAACAACAUUCAAGAGAUGCAUGAAGAUACUUUCUGCAAAAUGAGAGAUUUUACUUAUGUGCGUAGGGCCCUCGAAGACAUCAGACUGGAUGGUAAUCCCAUCAACCUGAGCAAAACACCUUAUGCAUACAUGUGUCUACCCCGUUUGCCAGUUGGUAACCUCAUCUAAGCUUUGACAGCAGCCAAGACUGUCAUUUGCUGUAAGAAUCUCUAAAGACAAAUCAUUAACUCACUGCUACAUUAAACUCGAUGAAUUUUUACAAAUAUCAUUCCUAUGAGAAAUAUUUCUGUUAAUGUUGGAAUUGAUUACUGAGAUACUGAGAUUAUGAAAUGCUAAAAGAAAAAUCCAUUAUCUACCCAACUGCAAGUUAUUUAGCAAUAUCAAGAAAAAUACUUUACUACAAAAACACUGAAAAUACCAAGUUUUUUGCUGAAUUGUUCAGACCUAAUGUAUGAAUUUUAAAUUUAAAUAAUUUUAGAUAUUAAAGUCUGUUACAUGGUAACUGAAGAAAUAAAAAUAAAAUAUGUGUACACAAAUGA